AUGCGGAGGACUCUCCUGCAGACAGAAGCUGAGGCCCGACCCGUGCGUCCAGAGGGAGCUAAUCAGCGCAAGGAAAUCAUGGCGCAGCGCACCGCAAAGGUGGCACCGGUCGAGAACAGCAAUGGUAGCGGCGGCGGGGCGCUUGCGCGCAAGCAGUCUGCGUGGGAGCGUGUCAAGGAGCAGCAUGACCAGCAGGUGCUCGCGCAGAGCCAACGCGGCGGCAGCGGCAGCAACAUCGCAAACCUCAAGCUGAGCGAAGCGGCGGCGGCGGAGACGGCGGCAUCAGCGGCCUCGGACGGCGAGUCCAUCCUCGGCCACGACGGCUCGUGCGAGAGCACGUUUGCGGUCAUGGCGAAGGUGUUCCGCACUCGCAAGUUCCACAACGGCGCGCUUGAGCUGCUCUACGGCCGCUACUUCUUGCGGCUGAACCAGAGCUGCAUGUCGGCACUGGUCGCGACGCAGAUCGCACUCUGCGUCGGCCUCGCCGCUACCUACUACGCGCUCGGUGGGACGUCGGCGGCGCGCGGAGUCACGCUCGGCGCGAUCGCGCUCGCCCUCGUCGCGCUGCAGCUCGCGUGCAACCGCGACGCCGUGCUGCGCUGCCUCGUCGCCGCCGCCGACGGCGCGAUCGUCGCGGCGAUGCUCGCCAUCGUCUGCCUCAUGGUUGCCACGGCGACGCCGCCGACGCCGUCUGCGGGCGUCUGGGAGACGCUCUUCUUUGUAUACAUGUCGUGCACUCUGCUGCCGGUCGGCAUGAUUGUCGCACUCACGUCGUCGGUGCUGCUAGCCGCCACGCAGAUCUCGCUGGCGGUCGCCUUCAACUGGCAAGAUGACGUGCUUGCUGUGCAGGUGAUCGCCAACACUGUGCUGUUCGUGACGGCAGCCGUUGCCGGCGUGUUCACGCACUACCCGACAGAGGUCGCGCAGCGGCAAGCCUUCCUAGAGACGAGACGCUGCAUCGAGGCGCGACUCAUCUCACAGCGAGAGAACCAGCAGCAGGAGCGCUUGCUGUUGUCGGUGUUGCCGAGGCACGUUGCCAUGGAGAUGAAGGCGGACAUUGCCGGUGCGCCGAAAGACACGAUGUUUCACAAGAUAUACAUCCAGCGACAUGACAGUGUCAGCAUCCUAUUCGCGGACAUCUGCGGCUUCACGCAGCUGUCGUCGCAGUGUACGGCGCAGGAGCUCGUCAGGCUGCUCAACGAGCUGUUCGCCCGCUUCGACAAGCUGGCGCAGGAGAACCACUGCUUGCGCAUCAAGAUCCUCGGCGACUGCUACUACUGCGUCUGCGGCAUACCGGAGGCGCGCUCCGACCACGCCGCAUGCUGCAUCGAGAUGGGCCUCGACGUGAUCGACGCCAUCGCGCUCGUGAGAGACAUGGUCGGCGUGGACGCGUUGAACAUGCGUGUGGGGAUCCACAGCGGACGCGUGCACUGCGGCGUGCUCGGACUGCGCAAGUGGCAGUUCGACGUCUGGUCGAAUGACGUCACUCUCGCCAACAACAUGGAGGCCGGCGGACUGCCUGGUAAGGUGCACAUUACGGCGACGACGGCGACGUACCUCAGCCCGGACGAGUACACGCUCGAGCCGGGUAACGGCUCGGCGCGCAACGGCUACAUACGCGAGAAGAUCAUCGAAACGUUCUUUGUUGUGCCGCCGCAAGUCCGUAAGAGGCGAUGCUCGCUGUUUAGAGACAUGCUGCUGCCCGGGCAGGUAGCAGACAGCCAGCACGGUCUAGCCUUGCCCACCUACUCCACGUACAGCCACCAUCAACAACUCUGCUUCAAUCUCGAGUUCCGGCUGGGUAAGGUUAAAUCGACAGAAAAGAGUACAGAACAGAGAACGAAUGGCGUUCUCAAGAAGAUGGGCUUUGACGAGGACGAGGGGAAAGGACACAAAAACAUGGCCAACAGGCUGGGCUUCUCCGAGCAGGGUAAGGAUACCGAUGAUGAGGUGAACGAGUACCUAAGCCGAGCGAUCGACGCACGCAGCAUCGACCGACUACGUUCCGAGCACUGCCGCCGGUUCCUACUAACGUUCCGCAAGCACGAGAUAGAGGAGAAGUACAGUAUAGAGCGCGACCAGAUGUUCAAGUCUUACAUGGGAUGUUCCGUGAUCAUAUUCCUGCUCAUGUGGGCCGUGCAGCUCAUCAUCCUGCCAAGGUUCCUACUAACCAGUUUACCUCCAGCGAUUCUCAAGCUCAUAUCCAGUAGGAUCUGUAGCAGUCGCCCGCUGUGUCAACUUGUGGCUAGCAUAUUCAUCGCCCUGCUUUCUCUCACAUCAUUCUGCAACCUGUUUGCGUUGGACGCGGUCGGUUUGCCUGAGUGCAUGGAAUAUUACUACAAUACGACUGGACUGGACAACAUCACCUAUUACAUCAGCAAUGUGUCGGAGAUAACUCUGGGCGUCGAAACGUCCUUGUGUCACCCUGAUGGCACGACGCACUUUCCAGAGUAUUUCACCUUCUGUGUCAUGCUGGUGAUGAUGGCCUGUGCAGUCUACCUGGUCGUUGCCAGCUGGCUCAAGCUGAUGCUGCUAUCCAGCUUGGUCGCCAUCUACGCCUUCCUCAUGCUGUUCCCUUACGUAAACCUCUUCGACAACAAGGACAUCCUGCUCUACGCACACGCCACCGAAGAGAAAGAGGAGAUGCAGCGCUUGCAGGUGUACAAUAAGAAGCUGCUAACCAAUAUUCUUCCCGUUCACGUGGCAGAGCACUUCCUAGCCAUGGAGAGACACAACGAGGACCUGUACAACGAGUGGUGCGAGCACGCCUGUGUUAUGUUCGCCUCGAUAUCUAACUUCUCAGAGUUCUACAUCGAGCUCGAAGGAAACAACGAGGGCGUCGAGUGCCUGAGGUUACUCAACGAAAUCAUUGCCGACUUCGACGAGAUUCUCCAGCAGCCGAGAUUCGCCUGCAUCGAGAAGAUCAAGACGAUCGGCUCGACGUACAUGUGUGCGAGCGGGCUGACGGGCCAGGAUCUGCCGAUAGCCGAACGCGUCGCCGUCGUCGCUGACUUCGCUCUCGAGAUGAACCGACAGAUAAAGAUAAUCAACGAGCACUCGUACAACAACUUCAAGAUGAGGAUAGGUUUGAAUCUGGGGCCUGUGGUCGCAGGCGUUAUUGGUGCCAAAAAGCCACAGUACGACAUCUGGGGAAACACUGUCAAUGUGGCGAGUCGCAUGGACAGUGCCGGCCUACCUGAGCACAUACAGGUUACUACUGAAAUCUACAAUCAAAUCAAGGACCGGGGGUACGAAUUCCAGUGUCGAGGCACCAUCAACGUGAAGGGCAAGGGAGAGAUGACCACGUAUUUUCUCAAGGGCCGAUCGAGCGGAGAGAGCUGAUACUUCGCGCGGCUCUCGUAGUAUAGCAGCGUGCGCGUCGUUGAGCACGCCUCGUCCGCUCGACACGUCGUCGUGAGAGGGUCGGCCACGCAGCAGCGGCAGCAGCUGCCUCGUGAGGAGCCGCAGCAGCCGAGUAUUCGCGCGUCUGUGAUUGCUACGUCUCGUGCUGCGUCGAUUGCCGCGUAGUGAGCGAGAAUCGGCUUCUAGAACAGUCGCGAACGCAAGCAGCAGCA